AUGGACUGCCCCCGCUCGGGGAGCUGCGAACUCGGGACAAGUGUGUGUGUGCGGGGCGGGAGCGCGGCGCAGCCCCCGGCACCUCCGUGCCCAAGUGAGCCUCGGACUGCUCCCGGGAAGAGCCGGCUCGCCCAGCGUCCAGCACCUUUGCCACUUCUCCUCCUCCUCUUCCUCCUCCCCCCGGCCCUCCCGUCCUCCUCCCUCACCCGAGGAUACUGGGGACUCCCUCCGGAUGCCGCUCGGCAGGCUCAGUGCUCGCAGGCUGCCUUUCCAGGGGCUCUCCUGAUCUCCGUGGAGCUCCGCAUCGCUCGCCUCCGCGCCCGCCCCGGAGUGCCCGUGCGCAGCGGAGAUGCCACCUUCCCCAAAGCUAUGGACAACGUGACUGUGCGGCAAGGGGAGAGUGCCACGCUCAGGUGCUCCGUGGACAACCGCGUCACCCGCGUGGCCUGGCUGAACCGCAGCAGCAUCCUCUAUGCCGGCAAUGACAAGUGGUGCUUGGACCCGAGGGUGGUGCUCCUGGCCAACACCAAAACCCAGUACAGCAUCCAGAUCCACAACGUGGAUGUGUACGAUGAGGGGCCCUACACCUGCUCUGUGCAGACAGACAAUCACCCCAAGACGUCGCGCGUCCACCUCAUCGUGCAAGUGUCGCCGAAAAUUAUCGAGAUCUCUUCUGACAUCUCCAUCAAUGAAGGUGGCAACGUCAGCCUCACCUGCAUAGCCACAGGAAGGCCAGACCCCACAAUCACCUGGAGACACAUCUCACCCAAAGCCGUGGGCUUCAUCAGUGAGGAUGAGUACCUGGAGAUCACAGGCAUCACGCGGGAGCAGUCGGGCGAGUACGAGUGCAGUGCCUCCAACGACGUGGCUGCGCCUGUCGUCCAGAGAGUCAAAGUCACCGUCAACUACCCGCCGUACAUCUCAGAUGCGAAGAGCACCGGUGUGCCGGUGGGGCAGAAGGGCAUCCUGAUGUGUGAAGCCUCCGCCGUCCCCUCCGCUGACUUCCAGUGGUACAAAGACGACAAGCGGCUGGCUGAAGGACAGAAAGGGCUGAAGGUGGAAAACAAAGCCUUCUUCUCCCGACUGACUUUCUUCAACGUCUCUGAGCAGGACUACGGCAACUACACCUGCGUGGCCUCCAACCAGCUAGGAAACACCAACGCCAGCAUGAUCCUUUAUGAAGAGACAACAACCGCUCUGACACCCUGGAAAGGCCCUGGUGCAGUGCACGAUGGCAACAGCGGUGCGUGGCGGCGAGGCAGCUGUGCCUGGCUGCUGGCCCUGCCGCUCGCCCAGCUCGCCCGCCAGUUCUGA